CGGAGGUGCUGGACCAAGUCUGCGACCACCUUGUACAUCUGGAGAGAUAUCAACGCCGUUCCGAACUCCUCCUUGGGCAACGAAUUGAGGAGGAUCGUGCACAUCAGGGGGCAAUUUGCGAGGGUCCUUGAGGACGAGCUCUCUCAAGCGCUCAACCUUCAUCCCGAUCAACAGCUCGGAGCUCCGGUUGAAUUUGGCGAGCAGAAUGGUCCACAUACGCAUCGCGGCGAC